AGUUUCAGGAUUCCUGGCACCUCGUCCGCUCCGAGUCCGCGACUCUUUCACUGAGAUACAUACACCCCGACUCGCUAGCGAGCAGGCAGGCAGAAUGGAGCGCCACGCCGAGAAGCCGCUCCUCGUGCUGCCCUCCUGCCUCCUCCUCCUCCUUGUCCUCCUCCUCGCCCCGCUUGUCUCCGCCGUCCCCACGCCAAGAAGCCUGCGCCUGGGGAGCCACCAGCAGCACCCGCCGGCUCUGAAGCUCAGUUCCUCUCAGGAGACGACGGCGAUCGCGGCGGCGAUGAUGAACACGGGCAGGCCGACGGCGAGGAUGGACGUGGAGGUGAACGACUACCAGCCGUCGGGCCCCAACAACCGCCACGACCCACCCAAGGGUCCUGGAAGAACUUGAACGGGGCUCAGCUGGACGACGUACGCGCGCCCCCAAUAAUCCUUCUCCUUCGUCGUCGUCGUCUUCACCGGUAGUACAGAGUGCGUUGCUUGUGCUAGCUCAUGUGUAUAUAUAUACCGGCCGCGCGUGUGUAUGGCCGUGUGCAAGCACAUCGGUGGGUCGUUAAGUUGUGUUGGUUGCUGUUCGUCAGAAAGAACUGCACUGCAUGCAGAUCGAUUUCGUACCCCGCUGCAGGUGCCGGUACAGUAUCUAUCAGCAAAAGCAGCAUCAUUGCUCC